CAUAGAGUGCGACACUGAGCCAGUGCCGUACGUUUGUCACUCUGCGCCCAAGUAGUACCGAUAGUAUCGCGAUCUCCUCUCGACGACACCUCAGUGCCGUGCUAUAUACCGUGUGUAUUUAUUUAGAUUCGCUCUCGGAAAGACCAAGAAACGGAGGGCGAAUUUUUGAUUGAGAUAAUAUAAACUUUGACAGUGGUUUUGUAUUUUUUUUAAGUGGACUUAAUUUUGUUGUUAAAGUGAUUUGUAAAGAUUACCGACCUUUUGUUAUUCUUUCUGUUGAUAAUGGACUAUCUUAGUAGUCUUAGUGGCAGAUAGCCACUGUUCAUGCCCGAGAAACAGGACGGCGCGGGGGGCGGCUUGACGGCAGGCCCGCCCCUGAUGGCUUUUCCCGGCACCCCGUUCGGUGCCUUCCCGCCGGGCCCCCCAGGGCCGCCGCCUCCAGAUCGGUUCGCUUGGCCCCAUCAGCCGCCGCAAGCCUUUCAUCCACCACCAAGUGUUGGGGCUAGUCCGGGUAGCAGUAUACUAUUAAGCAGGGAAUUGCACCCUGCUUAUAGACUGCCCCCUCAUAUGGAGUAUCUCUAUUCUCUUCAACAUUCCACAGCUAACUCUAUCCAUGGACUGGGACUGAGUUCUGAGUACCUGAACGCAAGAGGCUUGACUGAUCUACACCCUGCUUCUACGCUGGCCAGCAGUGAAUUCCCCUUUAGUUUAGACGGUUCGCGCCUAUGCUCGCCCCGACUAGCCCGUGCCUCCCGCAAGCGCGCCCUCUCCGCCUCGCCCUACUCCGACCUGGACCUCACCUCCGUGAUCCGCUUUUCGCCCUCCUCCCUCGCCUCGCUCGCCGCCGGCAGCAGGAGCUCGUCGGCGUGCAGCGGCUCGCUGGGCCACCUGUCGGCGGGGGCGCUGAGCCCGGCCCUGCACCCCGCGCUGCUGCUGCGCGGGCCGGGCGCGCCUCCCCUUCUGCAUCCCCAUGCGCAUGCUGCCGCCGCGGCUGCGUUCGGGCUGCACGGGUCCGCGCAGCAUCUGGGCCACGCGCAGCACUGCGCCGGCCCGUUACCUAAGACUGAUAAUAAUUUUAAUGAUAGAAGAAAAUCCGAUCACCACAACUCCAUCAUAGACGUAGAAAUUCGAAAUCAUCCCAGAAUCAAAAAAGAACCCAUUUCUGCCGCCAAUCCAUCGGAAGGAAACGGCGACCAAAACGAUCUCAAAGAUGAACCCGGUGACUUUAUCGAAACGAACUGUCAUUGGAAAGAUUGCGGAACCGAAUUCAAUACUCAGGAUGAACUAGUUAAGCAUAUAAACAAUGAUCAUAUUCACGCAAACAAGAAAUCAUUCGUGUGUCGAUGGGAAGGGUGUUCGAGAGCAGAAAAACCCUUUAAGGCACAGUACAUGCUGGUGGUUCAUAUGCGAAGGCAUACAGGAGAAAAACCUCACAAAUGCACGUUCGAAGGCUGCGUGAAGGCUUAUUCUCGACUGGAAAACUUGAAGACUCACCUGAGAUCGCACACAGGUGAGAAACCGUACACCUGCGAGUACCCUGGCUGUUCCAAGGCUUUCAGCAAUGCUUCUGACAGGGCGAAACACCAAAACAGGACACACAGUAACGAGAAACCGUACGUAUGCAAAGCGCCAGGAUGCACGAAACGCUACACCGAUCCGUCCUCCCUGCGCAAACACGUGAAAACGGUACACGGCGCAGAAUUCUACGCCAGCAAGCGGUACAAGGGCGGCAACGGUCCCUCUAGCGAUGAGGGCGGUGCAGGUUUGGAUGCGUCACCUCGAUCUGACGACGCCAAAACGACCAGUUUGAGCAGUCCAUCUGUCAAGUCCGAGUCCGAUGCGCAGUCGCCUCAAGCUCAGGGAAGUCCGGCAGGGCAGGAUAUGGAUUCGAUGCGUCUCACAACUCCUGGAGUAACAGACACGCUGGAAGACUGGACUGCAGAGGCAGAAGAUCUCGAACUGGAUGAACUUCCUGUAGUUCUUCGAGCAUUGGUAGGUGGAGGAGCAGCCCCUACCGGUGUUGGACCACCUAGACUUCGAAAACCAGUUGGUAGACCAAGGGCGCCGGCGUUGGCUCAACGUAAGAUAGCAGAAUUAAACACGAGAAUAACGAACCUAAAGAUGGACGCUACCACGCAACCGCAACCUAAAUCUCAACUCACCGAGCUUCAACAACGGCUUCAACCUCCAGUUUCUCAACAGCAACAAGCUCAAAUUCGGCGAGAUAGCAACUCUACUGUCAGUUCGUACUAUGGCAGCAUGAGAAGCGCCGAUAUGAGCAGGAAGAGCAGCCUUGCUUCUCAGGUGUCAAGUAUGAAGCCUGGUCCAGGCCCUGGGUCAUUUUACGAUCCAAUAUCAGCUGGUAGUUCAAGGAGGUCAAGUCAGCUUUCCACAGCUACCACUGGAGGUCAGUGUUUACCUCCUCCACCGCCGUCACACUUACUGGCAGGUCAGCUUCAACGGUUGCAGGGUAGUAACCAUGUCAAUUCAAGCAACUUAAUUUUACAGACGCAAUCUACAAACUUACAACAAGCAGCAGCCCAUACUCAGAACUUCCUCUGGACGUCGACCACAAGCUCAGAAGCACGUAGAGCUUCUGAACCAUCACGUCCAGGCCUUGAUCCCCGAAGUCCACCUCCAAGACCUUCUUCAGUGAGUUUAAGUCCUUUAAGGAAGGUUCACAGUUCGACUGAGUUGCAUCCCAACCAGGCUGUUCAGUUAGAUGAAGUUGGUGAAGGCGAGAUGGUAGAAAACAAACUGGUUCUGCCUGAUGAGGUUUUGAUGUAUCUGAAUCAAGUAGCAGAUGCCCAGCAGGGUUCCAAUUGGUCUGAAACCACAACACAGCCGCUUCAAAGUCCGACGAAUACUAUGGUUCCAUCGCCGAGCAGUUUUAAACCGUUGUCACCAGCAAAUAAUCAAGUAAAUCAGAUGAUGGGGCCUUCAAAUCAAGUAACCAUGUCACCCAGGAGUAAUCAAAUAAUGUCUCCACCAGCUUAUCAACUCAUGCCAUCUCCUGGACCUCAAAUGAUUUUAUCACCAGCCAGCAACAUGAUGCCAAGUCCAGCAAGUAAUUUGGAGCACAUGUUGUCACCCAAUCCUAACCAAAUUUUAUCACCAUCCAGCAAUAUGAUGCCAAGCCCAGCAAGUAACUUGGAGCACAUGAUGUCACCCAAUCCUAAUCAAAUUUUACCGUCUCCAAAUUCGAACUAUCAGGUUAUUCCAUCACCAAGCUCCAUUUACAAUGACCAAGUCCAGUACAAUGCUAUGUCACCGGCUCAGGCUAACAUAGCUUCGCCAGCUUCGAACUACAAUCAAAUGGUGGCGUCUCCAAUGUCAACAAGGUGUCAACCACAAUUGAUGUCACCUUCGCAUGCCAAUAAUAUGACUCAGCAUUGUCACGGAAAUCAUACAAUGAUGCAAAAUAAUACAGCACAACAAAUGGUGCCACAAAAUUGUCAGCAAACCAACUGUUCGUCAAUGAUGAACCAAAAUCAUCAACAGAGGCAGAAUAAUGGAUGUUUUAAUACUAACGGACAAAUACAGCAUCCAAACUGCUACAUGUCCGGAUCUUGGUGCCAAAACAGCAACAUGCAAAUGCAGCAUAAUAACGCCUGUAACAACCAAAACCACAUGUACAAUCAGCAAUGUCAGAAUAACUCGAUGGCCAUGAACUCAAACUACAUGAACCAGCAAACGCCUAACAUGCACUGCGCGGAACACAACCCUUAUGCUCAGCAGUAUAUGAAGCAGCAAUCCCAAAACCAAGGGAACUACAACAAUUAUCAGCAAACACAAAAUGCCUUACCAUCACCAGCAGCAGGUACUUUGGCACCAAGUACUUACGAGGCACCAACUAUGAGACCAGAUACUUACCAACGCACUUUAGAGUACGUUCAGUCAUGUCAAAGUUGGAACGCAUCUACAGAGCAAACUAACCAUCCUAAUAUGGUUGUUGGUGACAUGACUUCUUCAUUAACAUCUUUACUUGAAGAAAACAGAUAUUUACAGAUGAUACAAUAGCAUUCAUCGUACCUAUGUGAUGGAUUUUAAAAUUGUGACUUAAAUUAUUACAAAUUACUUAAAAAAUAUCUUGAUUGUUGACAAUAGUUUUAGAAAUGUAAAUAUUAAUGGUAUUCAGGACGGCCUAUAGUUCCAAUGUAAAUUUCUAUAUAAAUAUUAUCAAUAAUAUAUGUUUGUAAAUUUUUGAAAAGUAUCAAUGUCUGAAUUAUAUCAUAUAUAUUUUAUAAAUAGGUCUCCAUAUUGGGUACUUUUAGAUUUUAAAAAAUGUAUGUACAUGUGAUAUUUACUGCAGUUAUAUUGCAAUAUCUCUAUAAGAAGGCUUUAAAAUUUUGUAAAGUAUGUUUUGUUAUAUUUAAAAUAAAAUUCAUAAAUGUUUUAAUAUGAGUAGUAAUCAGAUCUUAUAUGUAAAUAAUCUGCAAAAAUAAAAUAAGAACCAUUUGAACAGAAUGAUGAUUGAAAUGGUUCAAGUUAUUUAUCUAUAAAUAUGUUAGAAUAAAAAUUGUAGCGGUUAAGGUUUAUACUAAAAACCAAAUGUUGCAUUUGAGUUCUGUUAAAAACAAUAAAUAUAGUACUAAUUUGAAC